ACCACUACAGUAUUCAACAGGGAUUAGGGAUUGUUGGCAUGUGGUCCAUUUGAAGCUAUGACGGACGACUUCAAUGCUCCCCGUACCUUUCUUCUUAUUUAACCAGCUUACCAGCUCCGAGUUGGGGCUGUAAACUUCCAAGGUUGUCAUCACAGACCUCAGCAUCUAAGCUUGAAGCCAUCUCCAUCCUCUUUUGGUUUAUAAACCCUCUAAUUACUAGGGAGAGGCACAUUGCCUAAGAGGCAAUAUGACGUCUACCGGGUUGCGGCAGUGCAUCAGAGAUGUCUCACCGUAUCUCAUCCUCCUCAUCGCCAUCAGCACCCUCGGGCCUCUGCAGUUCGGGUUCCAUCUUGCCGAGCUCAACGCACCACAAGACGUUAUCUCCUGUCGAGUUAGACAGCAGCAGCAGUCUAUCUCCUCACGACUCUCCUCUUCCUUGUCCUUGUCGAAAUUCGACGUCGACAUAGCAACUGCCUCAGCCGCACUUCCCGAUUGUGUUCCUAUGGAUGAUGCUCAAUUUGCUGUAGUAUCGAGCAUGUUCACCCUUGGCGGGCUAAUCGGUGCCCUGGGCAGCGGUCCCAUCGCCACCAAGAAAGGCCGCCUCCUUGCCAUGCGGCUGACGAGCCUGUUCUAUAUUCUUGGGUCCGUGGUAGAGACCCUUGGCGCUUCCAUUGCCGUGCUAGCGGUCGGUCGUGUGCUUUCAGGUGUCGGUGCUGGCGCUGCCACUGUUAUUGUUCCCAUCUAUAUCAGCGAGGUAGCACCGCCUCGCGAGAGGGGCAUAUUCGGCGCCAUGACCCAAGUUAGCAUCAACGUUGGCAUCCUAGUCACCCAGACCAUGGGGUACUUCCUUAGCUACGGAUCUGCGUGGCGGUGGAUACUGGGGGCGGGCAUCGUGAUUGGUGUUACCCAGGGGGUUGGGUUGCUGCUUGUACCGGAGAGUCCCGCCUGGUUAGCGGCGAAUGAGAGUGUGACCCAGGCAAAGAGGAUACUGCAGAAGAUUCGUGGCCGGCGCUUUGAUAUUACCGAAGAGACAGCUUCAUGGGACAGCUCAGCUGUGGCACCCGAGGAAGAAGGGCUGCUUGACAACCCAGCCGCCAAUUCUAGGAGGGGGUCGACUGCAAGGAAAGUCGAUGGGAAGAGCAAUGACCAUCUCGGAUUUUUGGAACUCGUCAGGGACCCAUUGUAUCGCCCUGCUCUCGUUGCGGCUGUGGGUGUCAUGUGUGCUCAGCAACUGUGUGGAAUCAAUUCCAUUAUCAUGUACUCUGUCUCGCUCUUGAGGGAUCUUCUCCCGAUUAGUUCAGCGCUACUGACCAUCAUGAUAUCGGCCAUCAAUUUAGUCACCACAGUCGCAUGUUCGCCACUGCCGGACAAGCUCGGGCGGAAGACCUGCCUCCUAUUAUCCAUCUUUGGCCAGGGGGCGAGUGCACUAGCCCUAGCACUGUCUAUCUUAUUCGAGACCAAGAUUUUAUCGGCGGUCAUGGUACUUUUCUUUGUGGCCUUCUUCGCUGUCGGGCUCGGCCCGGUACCCUUUAUCCUUGCAUCCGAACUAGUCGGUCAAGAGGCCGUCGGAGCGUUGCAAUCCUGUUGUCUAGGUGCAAACUAUAUUGCUACAUUCUUGGUAGCGCAAUUCUUCCCCAUCAUCAACCUUGCCCUGAACGAGCAUUUUGGAAGAGCUGGAUGGGUCUACUUCAUCUUCACUGCGUUAGCAAGUCUGUGUGGAUUAUUUGUCUUCUGGUAUGUACCAGAAACAAAAGGGAAGAAGGACGUGGACGAUGUCUGGGGCCGGACGCGGCGUGUUGACUAAAUGCCUAGGCAGGACCUCCGAGGUGAUUGAAGAUUGUUAUAUUGGCAUGACUAGGUAGGUACUAGAUACAUAGUAGUACAAGAUGGAUACUAUAUUAUAUUGGCCGUAGGAGCCUCUGAUACUUUAUCGCAAGUUCGGUUUGCAUAAUACCCGCCAGGAUGCCAUCCAUGACCAAUAACUCAGAAUAGGCAAAUUUCUUUCCCUUCACUUCGCAUGCGG